CUGUGACAGCACUACAGCCAGACCCGUCACGUCCACAGCAAGUGAUAAUGACGGCCCCGUGCAUGUGCUCUCACAAUUUCAUCCCUUGAGACUCAUCACUUCUGUGAAGGACGACUGAUUAUUCAACACUGACAUUUGGUGAUAAUGACGAAAUAAACCACUUCCUGAUCACGCAACCCUCCACAAACCGUCUCAAAACCCUUCAUCCUAGCCCCGUCAAAGUUCAAAAAGAGACUUUUGUCCUCACCCCCCCCUUCACUCACCACUCAGAGACGCCGGCCGUUGCCCUUCCAGCCUGCCAACCAUCAAAGACGUUCCACCCUCGCCCUUUGUUUCGCUUUAUCAAAUGCCCAAAAACGGCAAGGCCGUCAAGAGAGAGCUUGACGACGAUGUCACAGAGUCUGUCAAGGACCUGCUUUCCAACGAGGACGCCUGCGACGAUUCCUUCAAGAAGAGCUCGCUGAUCGUCGACAACCAUGACGGGGAAGGGAAGGAGUGCGACGUGGAGGAAGGCGGCUCGGACGGAGAGGAGGAGGAGCGCCCGGCCUGGAACAGCAAGCUCCAGUACAUCCUGGCCCAGGUCGGCUUCUCUGUAGGCCUGGGCAACGUCUGGAGGUUCCCAUACCUGUGUCAGAAGAACGGAGGGGGAGCGUACCUGGUGCCCUACCUCAUCCUGCUGAUAUUGAUCGGCAUCCCGCUGUUCUUCCUGGAGCUCGCCGUGGGACAGCGGAUCCGCAGGGGCAGCAUCGGGGUGUGGAACUACAUCAGCCCUCGGCUGGGGGGCAUCGGCUUCGCCAGCUGCGUGGUGUGCUUCUUCGUGGCUCUCUACUACAAUGUCAUCAUCAGCUGGAGUCUUUUCUACUUCUCCCAGUCCUUCCAGCAGCCUCUGCCCUGGCAUGAGUGUCCGCUGGUCAAGAACAAGACCAGUACAUAUGUGGUGCCGGAGUGUGACAAGAGUUCGGCCACCACCUACUACUGGUACCGCGAGGCCCUGAACAUCUCCGACAGCAUCUCCGAGGGUGGAGGACUCAACUGGAAGAUGACCGUGUGCCUGCUGGUUGCCUGGUCUAUGGUUUGCCUCGCCAUGAUCAAGGGAAUCCAGUCUUCUGGGAAGGUGAUGUACUUCAGCUCCCUGUUCCCGUACGUCGUGCUGAUCUGCUUCCUGGUCCGCGCUCUGCUCCUGAAGGGCUCCGUGGACGGGAUCCGACACAUGUUCACGCCAAAGUUGGAGAUCAUGUUGGAGGCCAAAGUGUGGCGAGAGGCGGCCACGCAGGUCUUCUUCGCCCUCGGCCUCGGCUUCGGCGGCGUCAUCGCCUUCUCCAGCUACAACAAGCGGGACAACAACUGCCACUUCGACGCCGUCUUGGUGUCUUUCAUCAAUUUCUUCACCUCCGUGCUGGCCACCCUGGUGGUGUUCGCAGUGCUGGGCUUCAAAGCCAACAUAAUGAUCGACAAGUGUGUCGCACUAAACACUAAUAAGGUUUUGUCGUUGUUGGGGACCGACAUUGACAGACACCUGAUCCCCCAACACAUCAACUUCACUCAGGGUGCCCAACUCAGUGUUGAGGACUACCAUAAGACCAUCGAGAUCAUCAGAGGGGUGAAGGAGGACCAGUACCAGAAUCUGGGACUGGAGUCCUGCAGCAUUGAGGACGAGCUCAAUAAGGCGGUCCAAGGCACAGGCUUGGCCUUCAUUGCCUUCACGGAGGCCAUGACCCACUUCCCGGCGUCGCCCUUCUGGUCCGUCAUGUUCUUCCUCAUGCUGGUCAACCUCGGCCUGGGCAGCAUGUUCGGCACCAUCGAGGGCAUCCUCACUCCGCUGAUCGACACCUUCAAAGUCCGCAAGGAAUUCCUUACAGUGGGUUGCUGCGCGCUGGCCUUCUCCAUUGGCCUCCUGUUCGUUCAGCGCUCAGGGAACUACUUUGUGGCGAUGUUCGACGACUACUCGGCUACUCUGCCUCUGCUCAUAGUGGUCGUCCUGGAGAACGUGGCGGUGGCUUGGGUCUACGGGAUCGAUAAGUUCUUUGAAGACCUGAAGGACAUGCUGGGCUUCACGCCGUACCGCUUCUACUACUACAUGUGGAAGUACAUCACGCCCAUCCUGCUGCUGGUGCUCCUGUGCGCCAGCUUCAUCCAGCUGGCCAUGACGCCGCCCAGCUACAGUGCCUGGAUACAGGAAGAGGGCAAAGAGCAGAUGGUGCCCUUCCCUCCGUGGGGCAUCGCGGUCUGCAUCUCCCUGGUGGUGAUGGCCAUCAUGCCCGUGCCCGUGGUCUUCUGCCUGCGCUACUUCAACAUCAUCGACGACGGCGCCGGCGGCCACUCCACCGUCUCCUACAAGAAGGGCCGCAUCAUCAAGGAGACCGCCCGGCCGGGGGAGGACGACGACACCAGCCUGAUCCACGGCAAGUCGCCCAGCGAGGCGCCGUCGCCGAUGCCCGGCAACAGCAUCUACCGCAAGCAGAGCGGCGGGGUCGGCGGCGGGGUCGGUGGUGUCGGCCCCGACGCGGACACCGCCCCCAACGGCCGCUACGGUAUCGGUUACUUGAUGGCCGACAUGCCGGACAUGCCCGAGUCGGACUUGUAGACUCACCCCCUCUCCACCCCCCUCUGUGUGCGUUUAGUUGGCCGUAUCAUACAUGUAUAUUUCACCUGUACUGUAUAUUCUAUGUAGAUAUCGUAGCUGCUCUCCUAUUUGUCGUCUCUGAACCUUAUAUGACUGUCCACCUUUAAAAAAAAAAAAACAACUUGUGUGGGAGUAAAACGUCAUCCCUUCGCCCACUUGCUUGGUCGUGUCCUAAGCUCCUCUCUAGCUCCUGCUCUCCUUACUUCCUUUUGCGGCCUCCUCCUUGUUAGAUGCUACCGGAGAGAUUGGGGGGGGGGGAUAGUUGCGAGCAAUAAGGUGGACGCUCCACCAGGCCUACUUGAAACUGCAAAGAGGAGUCUGCAAAAGGAGGAGGGGUCAAGAGGUCAUGUCUGUGGGCAGUGUAGAUUAAAGCCAGCUUUAAGUCCUGCUGUAAGAUAUUGGUUGUGUACAUUAUGACCCCCCACCCCGAGUAACUACUACUGGCCAAUAAAUCCUGAGAUCAGUAGCAGAUUUUCUUUUUGUUCUCGGUGAAAGUUCAGGUCAAACUAGUUCAAACAGCGGGCGGAUGGCCUUUUUUUUUGAAAACCACUCCCAGUGAUUGUUUGAGACAAAAGUGUGCCUAAGUCAUUUAUAUUUGUUUAUAGAAUACGUGACGGACGUUGUAUAUUUAAGGUAUUCUGUAAAUAUAAUAUAAAUAUUAUAAAUAUAUUUAUCUUGAUAGUUUGGAUAUCAGAACACCAUGUUUUUUCAAAAGGUUCAGAAGUACUUCAAAUCCUUAACCCUCUGUGUCUUUGUUUUUUUACUAAUGUGCUGUCAGUGUUUGUGAGGACAUAGUUCUCUUUGUACAUAUUUUUUUUUUCCAUGAAAUGGCUUCAAAUGCAAAUGUCUUUUUUUUUUUUUUCCCCCGUCAAAAAUUAAA